AUGCAAUAUCAAAAAAUUGGCGAGAGUGAUAUUGAAAUAUCUCGUAUCAUUCUUGGUUGCGGUUCUUUUGGUGGUAUUGGAUCGGCUCCUGAGUUUUUCAAUCAAGGAGAAAAUGAAGAACAAGCACAUGAAAUCCUUGAUGCUGCGAUUCGUCUUGGCAUAACAACGUUGGAUACGGCCGAUGCCUAUGGUGGUGGCAGAAGUGAAUUAUAUAUUGGAAGUUGGCUAAAAAAAUAUGAUGAAUCAUUUAGAAAUAGAUUAGUGUUGAGUUCAAAAACUUAUAAUCCAAUGUUUAUUGGCGAUAGUCAGGGAUUAUCGAAAGCAAGAAUAUCGGAGAAAAUUGAAGGCACAUUAAACCGUUUGGGAGUCAAGCAAUUAGAUAUGUAUUUAUCUCAUGAAAUGGACACAGAAACAUCACUGGAAGAAACACUUACAUGUUUUGAUGAAUUACAACAAAGUGGAAAAAUACGCGCACAUGGAGCAUCAAAUAUCAGUGAUGAACAAUUAGAAAAUAGUAUAUCGAUUUGUGGUAAUCUUGGUAUAAGUAGAUAUGAAUGGGUACAAAAUUCAAUGUCGCUGUUAAACUAUAGAGAAGCCGAAAACAUGUUAUCAUUGUGUUCUAAACAUGAUUUGGGUUUCACUCCGUAUAGUCCAUUAGCCGGCGGAUGGUUAACGGGCAAAUACCAAAGAGGUCUCAAAUAUGAGCAGGGUUCUCGGAUGACACUACGACCAGAACCAUAUCAGAUUUAUGUUGAACAUCAAGAUGGUAUAUUUGAUGGUUUAGAUGCCAUGAAAAAGAUCAGUAGCGACCGAUUCGGUAAUAUAAGCAUUGCUGGUUUAAGUUUAGCUUGGUUACUAAGUGAUCCUCGAAUUACAGGAAUAGUUGUUGGACCACGAAAGUCAGAACACUUGGAACCUGUACGUGAAGCACUAAAUGUACGUCUUAAUGAAACGGAUAGAAUCGACUUAGCUAAUUUAUUUCCAGUAUUGUAA